AUGAGUAUCCCACGGAUGAACAAUGACUCCGUACAUUGGUAUGUUGGGGAGAUCGCAUCUCGCAUUAUAGCUGAAUCUGGUAUAGCCACAGACCGCUACCAUCUUGGGAAGAUUCUUUUGCAAUGUUUAAAGGAUGAUCCAGACUUUGUAUUACAGAUCGAAGGGGCAACAGGAGAAUCAGAAACUUUCGGUUCAGUUAUAGAAAGGACAGUAAAAUGUGCCAACUGCUUCAAGAACAUGGGUCUUGGACAUGGUGAUGUUAUGAUACUGAUGGCUCCCAAUCAUUUGGACAUCACCAUACCAUUGUACGCAGCUUUGUACCUUGGUAUUAUAGUUGCUGCAAUAGACAGGACUUUGACUGCAAACGAACUACAACAGACAUUUGCCUUCUCAAAACCAAAGAUAAUCUUCUGCCAAAGCGACAGAGCUUCAGAUGUUCAACUGUCUCUAAAUAAUCUGACCAUGGAUGCCCAGAUAGUAAGCUUCGAUAAGGGAGACUAUCUUUGCACUUUCAAUGAUUUCAUGGAGCAAUAUGGAGAUGAUUCACCUAUUGAAGAGUUUAAGUGUACAGAUUUCGACCCUGAAGACUCAGUAGCUUUCCUCAUAGCAACUAGUGGAACAACAGGUCUACCUAAAGCAGCUGCCGUUACUUACAAGAACUUCGCAAUCAUCACUCCUUACGUGUGGUCCAGAUAUACCAAAUUUCCAACACCAACUAGACUAUCGUUGGUGGGAUCUCCUCUGCAAUGGUUGUCAGCCAUUUUGAAUUUUAUCUUAUCGCCCUUACUGAGGUUCACGAGGCUUCAAACGACACUACCACUGACGCAAGAGCAUGCUUACGAUCUGAUCAAUACUUAUAAGCCAACCUACACAGUUCUAAGCCCCACUCUGAUGACAACGCUGAUUAAACCUGACGACCGGGAUCGCUGUGACUUCUCAAGUUUUGAACUGAUCUUGCUGGGUGGAAGCGCUGUGCCACAGACUUUAAUUGAAGAAUUAAAGACCGUAGCGCCUGACGCAGAAAUCAUGAAUUGCUUUGGCAUGAGUGAACUUGGCGGUAUCGCCUUCCAUGGAGAUAAUAUCGCGCCAGGAUCCUGCGGAAAACCGUUGGGAUGUUUCCAGUACAGGAUUAUAAACGUUGACACUCAAGAAGAUAUUUAUGAACCCAAUGUCCCUGGAGAGCUGUGGCUCAAAGGACCAAGUAUUUUUAAGGAAUACUACAAUAACGCAGAGGCUACAGAAGAGACCUUCGCAGAAGACCGUUGGUUCAAAACCGGAGACACAUUCUACAGAGAUGAAAACUGGAACUUCUUCUUUGUUGAGAGGAUAAAAUUACUUCUGAAGUAUAAAAGUUAUCAGAUAUCACCAGUGGAAAUUGAAGAAGUCAUACGUCAGCACCCUGGAGUCUUAGAUGUUGCUGUGACUGGUAUACCGGAUGAGGAGUGUGGUGAUCUGCCGGUCGCAGUUGUGGUGCCAAGACCUGGAGAUGAACCGACAGCUGAUGAUAUCAAGAACUGUGUUAAAGACACGCUCUCAGACUCGAAGCAACUUAGAGGAGGUGUAAUAUUCGUGGAAGCUAUACCGAUGACAGCCUCAACCAAAGUCCACAGGAGGAAACUCAAGCAAAUGGCCCUAGAGUUGCCCAGAGAAUAAAAUUAAUAACAGCCUGCAACUGUCUCACUGCUAGAUGAAGGGACCUUCAAACAAAGAAGGAAUAAGCAUUGAUCACUUGCUCAAUGUGGAUUGGCGAAUUUGAUUGACUGAUUAAUUGGUAUUUUAUGGCAAAGAAGGUGUUCCCUGAAGAUAGUAUGUCAUCAGUCUUGGCUAUAAAUACCUGCAAUAG